AAGUACAUAUAUUGCUGAGGAGAGAACUUCUAACAGCAAAAGAAACAGAACAAAAACGAGAGGAAAGAGGAUGGCAAUGUAUGCCAGAUCAAACAGUCUGAUCCUGUCGAUUUCAGCUGACAAUAUCUAUCAAGAGUCGUUUGCCUUCAGGACAAUGACCCGGAACAGCGAGCCCGAGAUAUUCACUUUUGACCUGUCUCCGGUUCAGGCGGCGGAACGGAGCACACCGGUGCGGCACAGGAAGAGGAAUACCCGGGUCAUGUACCCCUCCAAGGUCCGCAAGUACCUACCACCAGCCGAGAAGAGCCCGAUCAAGCGGUGGCUGGUCAUCCUGUGCCUUGUGGUCUGCCUUCAGAUCUAUUCAGAAGAAGCGUACACCGAAAUGCCUGGCGCUGGCGACAACCCCGCUGCUGAUACCCCAAACGAGGAGCCGUCUAUGGCGCAGUACGGGAUCCUGCCCUUCCAGUCCGCCGAGCAGCAUGCACGCCACAUCAAAUGUGCCCAUGUCGAUUGCGGACAAGAGCAACCAGAACAGCGCCCAAGUCGCGACAACUGCCCGCUUCACCUCCCCAACACUACCUGCCCUGACUGGGACUCCGACGUGACCGAUCUGUACGAACAAAGCAGGGGGAACAGCUACGUGGUGGCGCUGCUCUACCCGGUGUACCACAGACUGGGAAGCGACAACUGAGAUGAAUGAUGUGUGUGAUGCGGGAGACAACGGUGCAGCAUCUCUUGCCAGUCCCAUACGGCGGAUGCAAAGUGGUGUGCUGGCCGGGCGCAGACACUGCUGAACGUGGAAAGGAAAAUAGCCUCCAUGAUGAGCGCCUUUCCAGCCUGUUACCGGCUUGCCCUGAAGCACUUUAAUGGUAGAAACCUGAACAACUACUUUUUACCUACGCAACAGGACACUAAACUUGAAGGUGAAUUCUACAGACACUGAUUGAACGGAAGAAGACGCGUACGGAUGCUUCGGUCCCGCGGUACCGCAGUGACCUGGAUAGCGAGUCUGACGUAAUGCGAUGGAUGACGCAAAGAUCGGAGAAAGAGUGUACUUGAAACACUACUUGAAACAAGUCUUUGUUUGAUUAUGUUUUGCUUCGAAGUAUUAACUUAUUUAAUUAUUAUAUUGUAUUUAUACGUUCUUAUUUAUUAAACACUGUGACGUGUAAUAAAAUCAAAGAAAAGAA